AACAAUCACACAAGUUUCUUUCGCUCACGGGAGCGGACGUAUAGCGCGCAAAACUUUGAAAGCAAAAUCCAAAAUUUUUAUUUUCAAUUAACAGAACCUCAACUCGAACGUUUGAUAAAAUAAAAACCAAACUCCAAGUAGAAAAAAAAACAAACAAAAAUCAAGGCAAUAAACCUUUUCGUUCUUACAACAAAAUUCAAAAUCAUUUUCCGUUAAACAUUGAUUCCUUUUUUUUAAACUUUUGGCUCGUGUUGUUGCUGUUGUUACUGUUGUUGUUUCCGUCAAAUCCGUUUGCUUUUUGUUUUGCUUUGUGGAUUUGUGCUGAAGAAGUGAAUUAACAGUUAAUUUUAUUGCUUAUAAAAGUGAAAAGGUUUUCAUUACAAAACUUAGAAUCAAACACGCAAGAAGCGAGACAGAACGUCGUGCUUAAAUUAUAUGUAACAUUUUAGAAAAAACUAAAAUAAAAUAAAAUAAAAUAAAAUAAAUAAAUAUACAAACAAAUUUUAAUUUGAAUUAAUGAAUAAAUAUACAGUAAAUAAAAUAAAACAAAAUUUUAUUAUAAAAAAUUAUGUAAAGGUGUUUUUUGUUGUUGCUUUUUUUUAUCCAAACUAAUUUCUUCGUGUUAACAUUUAACAAAAAAAAAAUAUCUCUUGCAGAAAUUACAUAAAAUCAAAAGUGAAAAUAUUUUAAACAAAAAAAUUAAUUAUACAAAAUGGUGAAGAAUAACAACGUUUUGCCUGAGGCGAUGAACGGCAGUCUGCCAACAACAAACGCCACAAAGGAUAUACCACAGAACAUGUCAAACGAAGCAUCCUUCUCGAGCCGCGUCUUGAGCUGGUGGGAUACGUUAACAGACUUCGCAUGGUUCAUUAUAUGUUCGAUUGGUUACAUAUUCCAGGACUUGUAUUAUAUUUCUUUUGGUUAUCCCGAAAAGGAGUUGAAAACAGAUAUUGCCUUAAUUACUGGAGGUGGCAAUGGUCUAGGAAGACUAUUAGCCCAACGCUUGGGAAAAAUGGGUACAAAGGUUGUGAUAUGGGACAUCAACAAAGAAGGCAUCAAAGAGACAAUCAAUAUGGUGGAAGAGGAAGGCGGCUAUUGCAAAGGUUACGUAGUUGAUAUAUCAAGAAAAGAAGAAGUCUACAAAGCUGCCGAUGUGAUAAGAAAUGAAAUUGGUGACGUGACUCUCUUGAUCAAUAAUGCCGGAGUCGUGUCUGGGCUGCAUUUACUGGACACACCAGACCAUCUAAUCGAACGUUCCUUCAAUGUGAACAUUAUGGCCCACUUCUGGACAACCAAAGCAUUUCUACCAAAAAUGAUUGAAAAUGAUCGCGGUCAUAUUGCCACAAUCGCCUCACUGGCGGGACAUGUUGGUAUUACCAAAUUAAUCGACUAUUGCGCCAGUAAAUUUGCAGCGGUUGGUUUCGACGAAGCUCUGCGUUUAGAACUAGACGUUCUCGGUCACAACAAUAUACAGACCACGUGCAUUUGCCCGUUCUUCAUACAAGCCACAGGCAUGUUUGAUGAUGUGAAUGCAAGAUGGGUACCCACACUUAAUCCCAAUGAUGUAGCAGAUCGUGUCAUAUCAGCCAUUAAGAAAAAUGAAAAAAUUGCAGUUAUUCCAGGUUAUAUCAAAUUUUUACUCUCACUCAAAUGGACUUUCCCAUGGGGUUGUAUUGCCGGGCUAUUACGCCGUCUUGUACCUGAUGCAGCACCACAUGCCAUUGCACAAAAACCAAAUAAAGCAGCACCAAAAACAAAUCUAAAAACAACUACAGCCAUGCCCACAACCACAGAUACCGACUCCAAUGCUAAUAUUCCUGUGAAAUCAAUAAAUCCCACAAUAUCCAGCGUUACGAAGUGUGUUGACUUAAGCAACGACUUCGGCGAGUCACUACCAAAGACGGCCUCUCUACUCGUGCAACGAACACCUUCUCUCGGCGAACGAGUUCUUUGAGAGUCGUUGAUCAUCUUCGUUUUUAAGUUAAUUUGUGUUUUUGGUAUUUUUAAUUGCUACUCUUAGCGGAGUGCGAAGUGCGGUGCGUACCAGGAUGGGUGUGGCCUCAUACCAGUAUGCAACGUAAAACCACAUUUUCCCUUCGUAAUUUUUUUAUUAACUG